CCCAGCCUUCUGCUUCUCAAACCAAAUGAAGCUUCACCAAACCAAUUUAUUUGCAUUUUGGCCUAUACUCCUCUUUUCUAUAAGCCUACUAUGCUUAUUGCAACCUACCAUGACUGCCAUCCCUCCAACAAAUGAAACUGAUCGUUUGGCUUUGCUUAAAUUCAAAGAAUCAAUCACUGACACAUAUAUGAUGUUGAGCUCAUGGAAUGAUUCUAUGCACUUCUGCCACUGGUCUGGAAUCACAUGUGGCGGACGACACCAAAGAGUCACGGCCUUGGACCUACAAGGGUAUAAGUUACGAGGAUCCAUAUCACCUUACAUCAGCAACCUCACCUUCCUUAGGAUCAUCAAUCUCCAAAACAACAGCUUCUAUGACAAAAUCCCACAUGAAGUUGGUCAUUUGUUCCGACUACAAGAGCUGUAUCUUAACAAUAACACAUUGGAAGGUGAAGUACCAUCCAUCUUAUCCAACUGCUCCAAUGCUAGAAUCAUAAAUUUUAAUUGGAAUGAACUUAAUGGGAAAAUUCCAGUAGAGUUAGGCUCUUUGAAGAAGCUUGAAACGCUUGCGCUUCGUGCAAACAAUCUGACAGGAAGAAUUCCACAAUCUUUUGGUAAUCUUUCAUCAAUUAGAAAUUUAUCUCUACCAGUUAACAAAUUGGUGGGAAAUAUACCAUAUCACAUUGGUCAUCUAAAAAGCUUAGUCCGAUUCAGCAUUUCUGCCAAUGAAAUCUCAGGUACAAUACCUUCCUCCCUUUAUAAUAUAUCAUCUCUCCAAAUAAUCUCAAUCUCAAUAAACCAACUCAGCGGUACACUGCCAGCCAACAUUGGCCUCACUCUCCCUAAUCUCAAAUCACUUGCAUUUGGUAUUAAUGAAUUCUCUGGGCCAAUUCCUAUUUCAUUAUGCAACGCAUCUCAGCUUCAAAUCCUUGAUCUUACUUUAAACAAUUUUUCGGGAUUAGUUCCAACUAAUUUGGGAAAUUUGCCAGAUCUUCGGUAUAUAGACUUAUAUAGCAAUUGCCUAGGAAGGAGCCUGUAUUUCUUAAAAUCUUUGACCAAUUGUAGUAGACUAGAUAUUUUGGAUUUCAGUACAAACCAAUUUGGAGGUGUUUUGCCAAUACCUGUUGGUAACUUGUCAACCCAACUUACGAGAUUAUAUUUUGGAAACAAUGAAAUUUCUGGAACUAUUCCUGUAACAUUAGGGAAUCUUGUCAACUUAAUUGCCUUAGGCUUGGAGAAUAAUCUUUUCACAGGCCUCAUUCCCACUAUUUUCAAGAAGUUUCAAAAAAUUCAAAAAUUGACUUUAAAUGGAAAUAGAUUGUUAGCAGAGAUACCAACCUCCAUAGGCAGCCUUACUCAGUUAUUAGAACUCCAUUUAGAUGGAAACAGAUUAGAAGGAAGCAUACCUCCAAGUCUAGGUAAUUGCCAAAAUUUGCAAAUCUUAAGCAUUUCACAAAACAAUCUUAGUGGAUUCAUCCCCCCGCAGCUUAUUGGUCUAUCUUCCCUUCCAAUACUACUUAACCUGUCUCACAACUCAUUUUCCGGCAAACUACCUUUUGAAGUGGGCAAUUUGAAAAAUAUUUACCGACUUGAUAUCUCUGAGAAUAAUUUGUCUGGGGAAAUUCCUAACUCCAUAGGAAACUGUUUCAGCUUGGAGUACCUUAGCUUGCAAGGUAAUUCCUUUGACGGAUCCUUACCAUCAUCUAUGGCUUUCUUAAAAGGCCUCAAAUUCCUUGAUGUUUCAAGAAAUAACCUAUCAGGCUCAAUUCCAAAAGGUUUAGAAAAGCUUCCUUAUUUAAAAGAAUUGAACCUCUCAUUCAAUGAUAUCGAGGGUGAGUUGCCAACAGAGGGAGUUUUCAAAAAUGCAAGUGCUAUAUCAAUGAUCGGAAAUACUAAACUUUGUGGUGGUGUUCCACAACUGUUGUUGCCUCCAUGUCCUGUUAAAGUCAUAAAACCUACAAAGUCCCUUUCAUUCAAACUUAAAAUUGCAAUCAUUGUUGUUGUUGUAUGUUUCCUUCUGUUUUCAUUCAUUCUUUUUCUUCAUCGGAGGAAAAAAUCAAAAAGGAAUUCAUCUUCUUUGGAUUCAACAAUAGACCUCUUGCCAAAUGUUUCUUAUAAAAUGCUUUAUUAGGCAACCAAUGGAUUUUCUCCUAGUAACUUAGUUGGGACUGGCAGUUUUGGCUUUGUAUAUAAAGGAGUUCUUCACCCUGAGGAAAGAUUAGUUGCUGUAAAGGUCAUUAACCUUCAACGAAAGGGUGCUUCCAAGAGUUUUAUGGCUGAAUGUAAUGUACUAAGAAAUAUCCGACAUAGGAAUCUUGUCAAGAUAUUAACAUGUUGCUCGAGCGUGGAUUACAGUGGGAAUCAAUUUAAAGCUCUAGUCUUUGAAUUCAUGACAAAUGGGAGUCUAGAUAUCUGGCUUCAUCCAAAGAUAGAUAGGGAAGAUCAAUCGGGGGUCCUGAGCCUUCUUCAAAGACUAAAUAUUGCAAUUGAUGUUGCUUGUGCAUUAGAUUAUCUUCACAACCAUUCUGUGCAACCAAUCAUUCAUUGUGAUUUGAAGCCAAGCAAUAUUCUUCUUGACAAUGACAUGGUGGCUCACGUAAGCGAUUUUGGUUUAGCGAGACUCCUCUCAACUGUUACUAAUUCUUCUCAAAAGUUAACUAGUACAAUUGGGAUAAAGGGGUCUAUUGGCAAUACUGCUCCGGGUAACUAUCUUU